AUGAAACGCUCUGAUAGUAUCAAGACAACAGAUGAAACUGCACGCUUGCCAUCUAGAGGUCGCCUCAAUCGCCACGAGAUCGCACGCCUCUCGUCGCUUGGCCCCGGGGAGGGCGCAGUGGACCCAGUGACAAGCCUCCCCGUGAACCCCUCGCCAGUCCCUCUUGGCGAGGCGCUAAAACGCUACGGACGUACUUCGCUUGAUACAAAUUCCUCGAGUCAGAGAGUGAACAACAGCAGUGCUGUACAUACCAAUGUGCCCAUCGUGGUUGCAACGGACGCCGUAGACGAGUCAAAUACCGCUGGUCGUGUGCGCUCGAGCAGCACAUACGGAGCGCACGGUGUACCUGCCAAACCCUUGCCUGUUAUUGUCACAGCCGAUACAGCAAUACCCGGCCAGAUGGUGUCUGUCGACCCCACAAAGCCACAGCCGUACGCGAGAAUGGAGCUGCCGAAUGGCGAGCCGCGCCUGCCUAUACGUUUUCCGAUCGAAAAUGUAGCUGGGAUGGACAUGCAAGAGCAUAUGCAGUUGCACGAGCCGCAUGGAUCCGAUGCUUGCAAACCCGCAUUUAUGCCUCCCGCCGACGACGAGAUUUUUUCGAACAAAUCUGCUACCGGUGCCUACCGCGACCUGUCAACCGGCGCUGUGGUGGAGACGGAUGACGACGGAAACACUGCCGAGCCAACGCAGCGUCCCAGCAUGCACAUGGUCGAGGCAGCUCGAGUCCGUGACGCACCAUCGAGCCCAAUUUUAGAGGGCAAAGGACCUACGUCGGCGCCGCCGAUGGCCAUGCCCGGGCUGCUUGCCGCUGCUGACUUUUUGGACGCGGAUGCGCGCGAGCACGGCAUGGCAGAUAUUGGCGCACAUGUGAGUCCCAACACGGGAAAAGACGCAACGUGGCAAGAUAUGCAGAACCAAGUCACUGGCUUUGCCGUGGCCUCCUCCAAGCGCAACGCCGACUUUCACCAUAUUUUCCCCUCCGUGCCUGAAGAUGACUUUUUAAUCGAGAGCCACGGAUGCGCAAUGAGCAAAGACCUGCUGAUCCAGGGCCGCCUGUAUGUUUCGGAAGGCCAUGUGUGCUUCCACUCCAACAUUUUCGGAUGGGUCACUUCCAUUGUAGUUCCCUUUUCCGACAUUAUCUCGAUCGUGAAGCGCAACACGGCGUACCUAAUCCCAAACGCAGUCCAGAUCCGGACCUUGCACAACAAGUACCUUUUCAGCUCGCUUGUUUCGCGCGAUCUUGUGUACAGCAUGCUUGUGAACAUCUGGCGUCUGUCGCACCCCAGCGAUGCCGCGCGCGAAGCCUCGAAGAAUGCCACGGACGAAAAGAUUGCAGAGAAAGACGGCGUCUCGGACCCGUCAGACAAGACGGAGCUUACGCACAAUAACCAAGACGGGAGCAUGUCGAAGCGCGAGCGUUUGCGCAAGCGACUCGCGCAUAUGCGCCACCAUGCGAAGCAGUUGGACGACGACGGGUCCAAGGGUGUGGUAGACGGUGUCGUGGAAGAGGACGACAGCUCGGGGUCAGAGAGCGAGCAGGAGAACGAUUCGGACAGUCCCCACCCCGUUACGCACUGCAACUGUGGCAAGCAGCACUUGGCCAAUGUCGUGUUCGACGCCGAGAUCAACGCGACGCCGCGCCAGGUUUUUGACCUCUUGUUUGCGAGCGACUUUAUGCAAGGCUUCCUCACAGACAACCAGCACCUGAUCGAUGUAAACAUCUCUAACUGGAAGGACGAGCACCACGAAGAAGAGGGCAUCACAGCCGCACGCGACAUGUCGUAUAUCAAGCCACUCAGCGGCCCCGUCGGGCCAAAGCAGACCAAGUGCAGCAUUGCUGAGCAACAACUCCACAUUGACUUUGACGACUAUUGCACGACCAUGACCAUUACACGCACGCCCGACGUGCCGAAUGGGUCUAUUUUCUGUGUGAAAACACGCACCUGCUUUACGUGGGCAGAGCACAACAGCACGCGCAUGUUUGUCAGCUGCGGCGUCGAGUGGACUGGCCGCAGUUUGUUAAAGGGCAUCAUCGAGCGCGCCUCAAUCGACGGCCAAACGCAGUACUACAAAGAUAUGAACGAGGAGAUCAAUAAAUACCUGCAAGGGCAUCGUGACGAGCAUAGCGAGCAUGCCGUGCUUGCAGGGCACAAGCACUAUGCCAAGUCCGAGGGCAAGAAAGACACAACACCGCUCCGCGAGGCUCCUUCACAAGCAUCCGAGCCGCCAAAGCAGGCGCCCAAAGAGGCGCCGAGCACGGCGCAAGGGCCCAUGUCGCGUGCCAGUGGCGCGGUGCAAGACACGCUUGCUAGGGGCGCCGACAUGCUUGGCAUGCGACCAUCGGUCUUUGUGCUGAGUGCCUUGAUCGUGCUGCUCGUUAUUUCUAAUGCCUGGAUGCAUAUGCGCACGUCGCACCAUAUAUCGAUGCAUGCCCCGCACGGCAUUGCGUCGCGGCUCGGUCAACAGGAUCGGCACAUUACGUUGCAGCGUGCUGCGCUGCUUAUGGAGGAGGAAGUUCACCAUGUUUUGGCUUCACUCGCUUACACGCGCCGUCUCUCGGAAGAGUAUGAGAAAGAAAUACGCGAUUUGCUCGCCACUAUCCAGACACAGACCAAGCAGCGACGCGACAAGCUCGAAAGGAAGGAAGAGGCAUGA